GGAGCUGCCAUGAGGCCCGAACAGUUGAAGCUACUAGCGUGUAGCUAGGGAAGAGAAGCGCGCGAGUAGCUAGCAGACGUACGUAGGCAGAAGCCUAGCUGGGUUUGAAGGGCCCCGAUCGAUGAUCCCCUACGCGACUGCGGCGGAGGCGGAGGGAGCACUGGGGCGCACCAUGACGUGGGCUGAGACAGCAUGGUACGAGUACUCGGCGGUGAUGCCAGAUUCCUGGCUGCACUGCCACACCACAUUUAUCCUGUUCGUCAUCUACAGCAUCGCCCCGCUGCCCCUGCUACUCCUAGAGCAGUUCGCUCCGUCCGUCGUGCUGCCGUACAAGCUGCAGCCCCGGGUACGGCUGCCCCCGGCAGCCUCCCUCAGCUGCUACAUGGACGCGGCCUGCAUCUUUCCGCUCGCCGUUGGCCUUCAGUUCGUCUCCUAUCCUGCGGUCGCCAAGAUACUAAGGACCCGAAUGGGACUGCCGUUGCCGUCGGUGAGGGAGACCAUCGCGCAGCUAGUCGUAUACUCUCUAGUGGAGGAUUACCUCAGCUACUGGAUGCACCGUCUGCUGCACACCCAGUGGUGCUACGAGAAGAUCCACCGCGUCCACCACGAGUUCACGGCUCCUACAGGCUUCGCCAUGUCGUACAGCCACUGGGCCGAGAACGUCGUCCUUUCUAUCCCGGCCUUGGCCGGCCCAGUGCUCGUGCCAUGCCAUGUCACCACGCAGUGGCUAUGGUUCUCCAUCCGCCUAAUUGAGGGCAUUAACACGCACAGCGGCCCUUGCAGGCUGAUUCCAUUCUACGGAGGGGCUGCAUACCAUGACUACCAUCACUAUGCAGGAGGCCGUAGCCAAAGCAACUUUGCACCCCUGUUCACCUACUGUGAUUAUUUAUAUAGGACAGACAAAGGCUACAGAUACCACAAGCUAAAGCAAGAGAAGCUGAAGAGUCUAGCAGAAAAUAGUGCGGAUAAAGGAGGCAACUACUCAUUCGACGAAGGGAAAAAGAACAGAUAUUUUUGUGCCUGAGCGUACGAAGAAUAAUCAAGGCUAUUACUUCGUCCUGUUCGAAGGGAAGAUUUGCAAAUAAAUAAUUCGAAUUUACUGCAGAAGCUCUUGAUUGGUCGACGAACAAAUAUAUUGUUGCAAUCCGUUUCGUGUAUUCUAUAUAUCUAAUAUGAAACUUUUUUGUCGGAAUAUAUGGAUCAUCCCGAUACAUUACUUUAUAAGUAAUGAAUACCACAUAAGUUUUUGUUGGAA